AUGGAAGGGUACGAGCUUUCCAUGGCCACCAGGAGCUUCAAGGUAUUCAAGCUUCGAGACGACGAGGAGGGAGAUCGCGGGAAAUUCGAGGGUGUUCGGUCUGAUUCGGUUUAUUACACGGACGAUUUUUCGGAGUUUAAUUUCCCUGAUGUUAAUUUAGGACCGCAUGAUGUAGGAGUGUUCAAUGUGAAGGAGAAGAAAUUUGGUUCAUUUUAUGUUCCUACUCCGACUCAGAACCGAGACAUGCCGCCUCCAAUUUGGAUUUUUCCUGCCAUAGCUCCGGACAUGGAUUAG